AUGUUAGCCCAUAUUUGCUUAUGUAUUAUGUUAAUGACAAUGAUUUCUCUUAAUACGGUCAAUUCAAUACCUGUUUCAGCAGCAAAUCUUGACAAUCAGAACAAGCAAUUAUCCGAUCCAUUCAUGCUUGAACCAUACGGUAUUGGUUCAAAUCAUUUUUUGAAUGGUGGUCUAUAUGAUGACGAUCGCAUCGAUGAAGAUGAAAUACUUCCUGAAAAACGGCAAUAUAAGAAGAAAUGGGCAAAGUUUUUUCAAGGAGCACAAUCACCUUAUACAAUUGCUUUUCCUGCACUCAUUCGUACUCGUAGAUGGAUCCAAGAAGAACAGUAA